UUCAGUACAUGAAAUGUUAGUUCUUAGCUAUAUAAGAGCAUAUCGAUGCAACGAUGAGUUAAGUUUGAUUUUAAACGUUUAGCGAAUCCCAAAAAUGCCAAUUCCGAUUGUCGCUGCAGUCAUAUUUUUAUCAUUAUGUGCCACUUCUAUCAGUAAGCGCCAUUUUGAUGUUACAAUGCUGUCUCUUGCUUCAAACUCUACGGAUGAGACCAAAUCAAAAUUGGAUCUGCGUGUCGACCGAGUCUCUCAUGGCGAAACUGUUUUAAAUGGCAUUUGGGAAUGGCAAUAUGAUGUAGACCAUACUACCAUGUUGGAAGCGACAAUCUAUAGCUCCGAUAGUGGAUCUGAGAAUGAAUAUAAGAAGCUACCCCAUGGCAUUCCACCAAUGAGUUUCGAAGAGUUUUUGGACCAGCACUACAAUGACAUUGUAUAUGCAAAUUUUAAAAACUGCUCUAACCUUAAAGCAUAUAAGAACAAAGUGGAAACGCCCUGGCAAAAAGGAACUUACACUUUUAAUCAAUGCCGGCCGAAAGGAUAUGGGAUGCCCGAAAUUAUAGCCGAUGGCUUCUAUAAAGUAUAUACCCGACUUAGCGCUGAUCCUGAAAUCCAUAUUGUUGUUGUUUUCAAAAUCUCAAACACUUUUUAUUAA